AUGGCCGUAAGUCUCUCGCCGACUCCCUCGCCCCUUGAGCUGCUGAUCCGGGACAGCGUACCCCGCAGCGCCGGCAACGUACCUACCACCUGUUCGCAUUACGUCGCUAACCCGUCUUUCUCUCUACAGGACAAAAAGCUCCCGGAGGUUGACCUGGUGACCCGAAUGCAGGUCGAUGAUUCUGUCGUUGGCCUCACCGAGAUCGAUGAGUCCCUCUACAGUCGCCAGCUCUAUGUUCUGGGCCACGAGGCCAUGAAGCGCAUGGGCGCUUCCAACAUCCUCAUCGUUGGUCUUAAGGGUCUGGGUGUUGAGAUCGCAAAGAAUAUUGCACUCGCCGGCGUCAAGAGUCUGACUCUCUACGAUCCCGGUCUGGUCGCCCUCGCCGACUUGUCUUCACAGUUCUUCCUUCGUCCCGAGGAUGUUGGCAAGCCGAGGGACGAGAUCACGGCCCCGCGUGUCGCCGAGCUGAACGCAUACACGCCGGUCAAAGUCCACCAGUCAUCAAACUUGGGCGAGAACCUUUCGCAGUUCGACAAGUAUCAGGUCGUCGUCCUUACCAGCCUGCCAUUGAAGCUUCAGACACUCAUUGGCGACUACUGCCACUCGAAGGGCAUCUACGUCGUCGCCGCCGACACGUUUGGCCUGUUUGGCUCGAUUUUUUGUGAUUUCGGCGAUAACUUCACCGUUAUCGACCCGACCGGCGAGACUCCCUUGAGCGGUAUUGUUGCUGGCAUUGACGAGGAGGGUGUCGUGUCGGCACUUGACGAGACUCGUCACGGUCUUGAGGACGGCGACUUUGUCACAUUUUCCGAAGUCGAGGGCAUGGAGGGUCUGAACGGCGGCGAGCCUCGCAAGAUCACCGUCAAGGGCCCCUACACUUUCUCGAUUGGCGACGUUUCGGGCCUUGGCCAGUACAAGCGUGGAGGCCUGUACCAGCAGGUCAAGAUGCCCAAGACGAUCAAUUUCAAGAGCAUCACCGCCGCUAUCAAGGAGCCAGAGUUUAUCGUGUCAGACUUUGCCAAGUUUGACCGCCCGCAGCAGCUGCACCUUGGUUUCCAGGCUCUACACGCCUUCGUCGAGAGUCAGGGCCGUUUCCCCAACCCCUUGGACGAUGCCGAUGCCACCGUUAUCCUCCGCUCGGCAGAGGCGUUCGCCAAGGCAGAGGGCGUAGAGGUCGAAUUCGACGAGAAGCUUCUUAAGGAGCUGAGUUACCAAGCGCUUGGUGACCUGAACCCGAUGGCCGCCUUGUUCGGUGGCAUCGCGGCCCAAGAGAUCCUCAAGGCCGUCUCUGGCAAGUUUCAGCCCAUUCAACAGUGGAUGUACUUUGACUCGCUCGAGUCCCUCCCGACCAGUACACCUCGUACUGCCGAACUGUGCAAGCCCCUGGGCAGCAGAUACGAUGGCCAGAUUGUGGUUUUUGGCCGCGACUACCAGGAGAAGAUCGGCAAUCUCCGGCAAUUCCUUGUCGGUGCCGGUGCUAUUGGCUGUGAGAUGCUCAAGAACUGGGCCAUGAUCGGUCUUGGCACCGGCCCCAAGGGCAAGAUUACUGUCACCGACAUGGACUCGAUCGAGAAGAGUAACCUCAACCGUCAGUUCUUGUUCCGACCAAAGGACGUAGGUAAGAUGAAGAGCGACUGCGCUGCUGAGGCCGUGCAAGCGAUGAACCCCGACCUCAACGGUCAUAUCGUUUGCCUCAAGGACCGUGUCAGCCCUGAGACGGAGGAGACAUUUAAUGAAGAAUUCUGGAACGACCUGGACGGUGUUACCAAUGCGCUGGACAAUGUCGAGGCUCGUACGUAUGUCGACCGCCGCUGCGUGUUUUUCCGCAAGCCCCUUCUCGAGAGCGGCACGCUCGGAACCAAGGGCAACACUCAAGUUGUCCUUCCCCACCUCACCGAAUCGUACUCGUCUUCGCAGGACCCCCCUGAGAAGGAGUUUCCGAUGUGCACGGUGAAGAGCUUCCCGAACAAGAUUGAGCACACUAUCGCGUGGUCCAAGGACCACAUGUUCGAGAACCUCUUCAUCACGUCUCCCUCGACAGUCAACCUGUACUUGACACAGCCCAACUACGUCGAGAGCACAUUGAAGCAGGGCGGCAGCGCCAAGCUGACGUUGGAGACGCUCCGCGACUACCUCACCACGGACCGCCCGCGUACGUUCGAGGACUGCAUCGCGUGGGCGCGGAUCUUGUUUGAGAAGGAGUUCAACAAUAAGAUCCAGCAGCUGCUGUACAACUUCCCCAAGGAUUCGGUAACCAGCAGCGGCACACCCUUUUGGUCCGGUCCCAAACGCGCCCCUGAGCCGCUUAAGUUCAACCCUAACGACCCUACCCACUUUGCCUUCAUCGUAUCGGCCGCGAACCUGCACGCCUUCAACUAUAACAUCAAGUCUCCCGGCACCUCCAAGGACAUUUAUCUGCGUGAGCUCGAGAACGUCAUUGUGCCAGAAUUCUCGCCCGCGGAGGGCGUCAAGAUCCAGGCGAACGAAAACGAUCCUGAUCCGAACGCUGAGGCUGGCCAGACCAGCUCGUUUGACGACAACGACGAGCUGCAGAACAUCAUUUCGAGCCUGCCUUCGCCCAACGAGCUUGCUGGCUUCCAGCUGCAGCCCGUGGACUUUGAAAAGGACGACGACUCAAACCACCACAUCGACUUCAUCACGGCCUGUAGCAACUUGCGCGCUGCCAACUACAAGAUUGAGCAGGCUGACCGCCACAAGACCAAGUUCAUCGCCGGAAAGAUCAUCCCUGCCAUUGCGACGACGACGGCGCUCGUAACGGGUCUGGUGAUCUUGGAGUUGUACAAGGUUAUUGACGGCAAGCAAGAUUUGGAACAGUACAAGAACGGCUUCAUCAACCUCGCGCUGCCCUUCUUUGGCUUCAGCGAGCCGAUUGCUAGCCCUAAGGUGGAAUUCAAGGGCCCCAACGGCAUCGUCAAGUUGGACAAGAUCUGGGACCGUUUCGAGGUGGCCGAUAUCACGCUUAAGGAGCUUCUGGAGCACUUUGAGAAGCAGGGUCUCACCAUUUCGAUGCUCAGCUCCGGUGUUAGCUUGCUGUACGCCAGCUUCUUCCCGCCGGCCAAGCUCAAGGACCGCCAGAACCUCAAGCUGAGCCAGCUCGUAGAGACGGUUUCCAAGAAGCCGGUCCCAGCCCACCAGAAGGAGGUCAUUUUUGAGAUGGUUGCCGAGGAUGUCGACGGCGAAGACGUUGAGGUCCCCCAAUUCGUCCGCGUGUUCUCGUCCACCGCUGUCACCAGGCAAGCAUUCCUACGUACACCCCUUACCCCGCCCAAGGGUCUCGCUCAGAAACAGCAAAUCAGAAUGACCAGCAAAGUCACCGACUGGGUCAAACCCGGCGACACGUCGGGCGAGUUCAAGCGCCAGCAAAGCUCGUUCCGAAACUGGAUCUCGCGCGAGCAGGGAGCAAAGUUCCCCCCCGAGAAGGGCCGCUACCAUCUCUACGUCAGCUACGCCUGGAAACCCCAAAAAACACAGGCCUGCCGCACGUUGAUCACACGCAAGCUCAAGGGCCUCGAGGACAUCAUCAGCUAUUCCGUGGUCCACUGGCACCUCGGCGAGAAGGGGUGGCGCUUCGUUACCGAGAAGGAUAAGGACAUCCCCGGCGACAACGUGAUCCCUGAUCCCGUCCCGGGCCACGAGGACUUCAGGCACCUCCGCGACCUGUACUUCGAGUCAGAGCCGGAAUACAACGGCCGCUUCACCGUGCCUGUCCUGUACGACACCAAAGGCAAGACCAUUGUCAGCAACGAGAGCAGCGAGAUCAUCCGCAUGCUCUACACUGAGUUUGACGACCUCGUGGACAAAAAGUAUCAACAGGUCGACCUCUACCCCGAGGCCCUGCGCGUCCAGAUUGACGAGACCAACGAGUGGACGUACGACAAGAUCAACAACGGCGUGUACAAGUCCGGCUUCGCCACGACGCAGGAGGCUUACGAGCGUAACGUCGUCGCUCUUUUCGAGGCCCUCGACAAGGCCGAGGCGCAGCUCAAGUCCGUACACGAAAAAGGCCCGUACUACUUUGGCAAAGACAUUACCGAGGCCGAUAUCAGACUCUUCGUCACAAUUAUCCGAUUUGAUCCCGUCUACGUGCAGCACUUCAAGUGCAACAUCCGCGACAUCCGCUCCGGAUAUCCCUACAUCCACAAGUGGAUGCGCAACCUGUACUGGAACGUGCCGGCCUUCAAGGACACGACGCAGUUCGAACACAUCAAGUGGCAUUACACCAAAAGCCACACGCAAAUCAACCCCUUUUCCAUCAGCCCCGUCGGCCCUCUGCCCGACAUCCUGCCGUUGGACCAGGAGGUGGCGGCCGUCAGCAUCAAGUUGUGA